AUGCCGGAUCUUGACCUCGAGAUCCACAAGUGCUGCCCCGACGGCAUCCGGACUCCGAGGCUGGAGGCGCUGCUGCGGGACGGGUUUGCCGUCCACAACACGAGCCUGAGCGAGGGCGAGAGACAGCUGGUCGAGACGGCUUUCGGCGCCGGCCUGGUCCGCGUGCUCUGCGCCACAUCGUCCCUCGCGGCCGGGGUCAACUUGCCGGUGCGGCGCGUCCUCUUCUGGAGCCUCAAGAAGGGCGUGUCCUCGAUGACCGCCACCGACUUUCGCCAGAUGGCUGGCCGCGCGGGCCGCACCGGAAUGUGCGACGCGGGCGAUGCGUUCGUGCUCACCGGCGGCGGAGCCCAGGGCGGCGUGCAGCCGUCGGUCGAUGCGGCGGUGCAGCUGCUGGCCGAGCCCAUCCCUCCCGCGUUGGUGUGGGCGACCCUGCUCUGGCAGCAGGCGGCCGACAAGCCGGCGCGCGUGCAGAUCAAGCAGGCCUUCGAGCGAGCGCUCGAAGCGCUCCGUGCCGCCGGGCUGGUGCGGUCCUACCCGUACAACGCGGCGGACAUCGCCGCCGGCGGCGGCAAGCUCGUCGAGUGGGAGGCGCUGCCGUUCGGGGGCGCUGCCGCGGCUGCAAUGGCGAGCGCGGACCGCCUGGAGGAGUCCAAGAAGAUGCUCGAGGAGCUGGAGGAGGCGGCAAGUCGUGCGGGUGGCCUCGAGCGCUUCUGCGACCGCAUGGCUGGCGACGACCGCCGCGACGGUCGUGGCGGCCACCGCGACGGUUCGUGGUGGAUGCUGCGCGAGCUCGUCAAGCCUCUGCGAGACAGACUGAAGGCCAACGUCCGGCAGGAGCUGGUGCCGCUGUACGAGCCGCGGCUCAAGGCCAUGACGCCGCACCUCGCGGGGGCGCUCUUCAGCGCGGGAUACCGACAGGCACGCUCCCCGCUAAAAAGUCGCAAAGCCGGCCACCGGACCGAAACCAGAGCUGAAUCGGUGCCCGGUUUACCCUCCUCUCAGGUGGAUGACUUGCUCGCCGCCAAGCCAAGCACGCUGAGUGGGCAGCUGGCCCAGCACAUGCGGGGCGCGACCGGGCGCGGUGCCUACUUUCGCGCCAUCGCGCGUACCCUGAUCGAAGAGGCGCGCGCCCACUUGCGCGGUUUUGUGCCGCCAGAGGGUGGGGCGGUCGAAGGGGCGCGGGUUGUUGUGGCGACCAGCGGCGAGGCCCUGCAUCUGGCGCCGGGCGGUGGCAUUGGCCACGUCGCCCUCGACACCUUUCGUCAGCUGCUUCUCGGCGCGAGCCGCUUCUCGAUGUCGCUCGACGCUGCGCUGUGUGGGACGCAGCCGGCCGACGGGGAGAGGCUCGAGCCGGCGUGGGAGGCGCUGCGCCUUGUGCUUGGCGGGCGGGCGGAGAAGGUGCUGUACGACGCGCAGCGACAACUCGCGCUAUUAGCCGUGCGCGGCAUCGCCCCGCGCGGGCUGCUGCUCGACCCUCACGUGGGCGCGUGGAUGCUCUCGCCGGGCGAUGAGGAGCGGCUGAGAGACUUGCACGACAUGGCCCGCGGCUUCGCCCCGCACCUGGUCGGGCCGCGCCACGCCCCCGCCUCCGAUGGCUGCUGUCGCUGCUGUGAGGAUGCGCUGCUCGCGCUGGGCGUGAUGCUGCAUGUCGAGAGGCGGGUGCGCGACAUGGGCAGUCGCUUCGACAGGGCCUACGCGCAGGAGAUGCUGCUCCCACCCGUGCUGGCGAGGAUGGAGGUGGGCGGGCUGCGCGUCGACGCCUCUUUGUUGCGGAGGCAGGCGGUGGACUGCGAGCAGGCCCUCCGCUCGCUCGAGCAGCACGGCACGCGCCAGACGGGCCGCGCGGCGCGACCGGUCAACUGGAAGUCACCAAAGGACGUCGGCGCGUUGCUCUUCCACGAGCUCCGCCUCGGCGAGGCGACGGGCGCGCGGCGGCUGCAUACGGCGGGCGGCGCAGGCAAGGGGAGGAAGAUGUGCGAGUUCCAGACGUCGAGCGCGGCGCUCGAGCUGCUGCGGUCCGAGCACCCGCUCCCGGCCAUGAUCAUCGCCCACCGCAAGCUGACAGCCACGGUCGCCCUUUUGUGGGAGCUACUCGGCAAGUCGGAGCGCGACCGCCACCGUGCGCCCGAGCCGCAGCUCGCCGAGGCGGGCGGCAGCGCCGGAGGUUGA